CCGGUGGCGUCUUUCUCCCGCGCCUGCGCUGGUGGAGGUUCCGUGUCGCCGGUAGCGGUUCCUUGCGGCGGCGGUGUCUUCCGUCUCCUUUGAACGCUGAGAGCUGCAGCCUUCUGCUCUGCGGGCCUGAUCUCGAAGCCCAGAGCGACGCGGCGAGAUGACGGACCGGUACACCAUCCACAGCCAGCUGGAGCAUCUGCAGUCCAAGUACAUCGGCACGGGCCACGCCGACACCACCAAGUGGGAGUGGCUCGUGAACCAGCACCGGGACUCCUACUGCUCCUACAUGGGCCACUUCGACCUCCUCAACUACUUCGCCAUCGCCGAGAAUGAGAGCAAGGCGCGCGUGCGCUUCAACCUGAUGGAGAAGAUGCUGCAGCCCAGCGGGCCGCCGGCCGACAAGCCCGAGGAGAACUGAGGCGAGCGCUGACCAGGCUUCCCCGCCGGCCAAGCCCUGGACCCCCUCCUCCUCCUCCUCGAGCUCCCUCCUUGAUGCGUGGUCGUCCUGUGCUGUGUGGUCUUCCUUCGUCUCGGGCCUGCCUACCCGCGGACGAUUCCCAACGAGUCGCCGAGAGAGAGAGAGACUGUCGUCGGGACCCCUGGGGACUGUGCGGGAGGAGCGGUGCUGGAACCGGCAAGCGCGGGAGAAGACGGCACGGGAGUGUUGACGCGUUUCGAGUCCGUUUUUUCCCCCCAUAGUUGGUUGUCGUUCUUAACGUUUUUAUAAAGUUUAAGGUUUAUCUUA